AUGAGUGGAGCACCCGUAGCGACCCAACUGGAAGAACUAUCGUUACUGCAUGAAGACAGGUCAGCACCAAUGGAGAACAGAACCAAAGUGACUCAGUUUAUUCUCCUGGGACUUUCCAAUGACCCACAGCUGCAGAUGCUCCUCUUUUUGGUGUUUUUAAUUGUUUACCUCGUCACACUUUUAGCCAAUGGGGUGAUCAUGCUGGUGGUAAGGGCUGAUUCUCACCUUUACACCCCCAUGUACUUCUUCCUCUUCCACUUAGCCUUCGUCGAUAUCUGCUAUUCCUCAGCUGUUGUUCCAAAGAUGUUGGUGAAUUUCUUAUCGGGGCACAAAACCAUUACUGCCAAUGGCUGCCUUGCCCAGAUGUUCUUCAUAUUCCUCCCGGCUGUUACUGAAGUUUUUAUUCUCUCGGCCAUGGCAUAUGACCGCUACGCAGCCAUCUGUGUCCCCUUGCGCUACGUAGAAACCAUGAGCAAAAGGACCUGUGUUCUGCUAGUGAGUGGCUCAUGGGCCAUAGGGUUCACAGAUGCUCUGCUGAACACGGCUUUGUCCCUCCAGCUGCAUUUCUGUGGGCCCCAUCACAUCCACCAUUUCAGCUGCGAGCUCCCGCCUCUGCUCCAUCUGUCCUGCACGGAGACCACCACCAAUGAAGUGGUGCUUUUCACUUCUGUUGUCAUCCUUGGAUCAAGCUCCUUCCUCUUCACCCUCAUCUCCUAUAUUUACAUCAUCUCCACAAUCCUGAGGAUGCGGUCUGCCGAGGGCAGGCGGAAAGCCUUCUCCACCUGCAGCUCCCAUCUCAUGGUGGUUGGUUUGUUGUACCUGACGGCUUUCUUCCAGUACACCAAACCCAGAUCCAUCUCCUCUGUGGCUCUGGAUGAAAUGGUCUCCAUCCAGUACAGCAUCUUGACCCCCAUGUUAAAUCCCAUCAUCUACAGCCUGAAAAACAAGAAAGUGAAAACAGCCAUAGGGAAAAUGUUGGGGAAAUUCAUGUUUCUCAAGUACUGCUGA